UGACAUCAUUACCCCUCGACUUUCUAAUCUCAUGCUUAUCGGUGGGAAAUGUGCUUCAAAAGUCAUCAAUCUGAUUGCACCUCAGCUUGAGAAUCUCACAAUAUAUCAUUGCAUCAUCAAGCUCUUGAAUGCUCCAUCAAUUCUUUCAUCUUUGUGUUACACGGGUUUUCCGCAUCCACAAUUGUUCAAAGAUUGUUUCCAUUCUCUAAAUGAAGUGACUAUAUGUUGGUUAAAAAUGCCAUAUAAGAAGGAAGAUGCUCUCAAAACUAUUCACAUGCUUCAGAAGCUCCAUAGUGCCAGAUAUGUUACACUUGAUGCUUACAUUGUUGAGUGUAUUUCAUCAUUUCCGGAUUUAUUAUUGCACCAUUCUUCACCUUUUACCAAUUUGAUUUGCCUGACUAUAGACUCCAGCAUGCGUAUGGAUGUAAAAAUGUCUAUUGAAGCUAGAAACUUCUUGAUUGAGAACUCUCCAAGUGCCACUUUAAUCAUGAAAUGACCCGAGGAACUUUUAUCA